ACGGCGUGUGAGUAAUCCUUCUCAUCACAUGACGAGAACCGCGGUGCCUCGUGACUGGUCAUGUGACUUCAUUCAACAACAUGGCGAGCAACCUGCAGGUCGUGUUCCUCUGUGCUGUUGCAGGCCUCUGCGCCUCCGCCCAUUUGAAAGACGGCCCGCCAACGUUCAAUUCCACCUAUAUCGUCAGUGGCAUCCUCCGACUGCCGUAUGCAGAAAUCAACGAGCCCUUCACUGCCUACUUCGACAGCACGAACAACAGGAGCAGGAUCGACUACUAUGGAGGUGAUGUUGUCACAAUCCAGAGAGCUGAUCUUGGAAAUAAUGGCAUUACCUACAAGUUGGCGCCAAUGUCCAAUUACACAAUAAAUACCGAGAUGUGCUUCCAGACUAAUGGCACCAAUGACACUGCUGUUACAAUUCAGUCCAUUCUGCCAGAUCUCACAGGAUUCACGCAAACAUCCACUGAAAUGAGGGGUGGUGUGCAGGUUGACCUGUGGAUGAAGCGGACCACUGUUGGCACAAAGGAGAACGUGUACAUUAUGUAUGUUGACAGCAAAAUGAAACACCCUGUCAGCUAUGAAAUGAUGGGAUAUGACUCUCUGCUGGGGUCACAUUAUGAUAAAUAUGUCCUCGACUAUGACAGCUACGAAGGUAUAAAGUCAAUUCCUGAGACUAUGUUCGAGGCACCAAAAAAUAUGUCCUGUGGUGGAUUCCCUGGGCCUGGUGUGAGUCAUCACCUUGAUAUGAACCCAAUGAAGGAGUUCAUCCACAACGAAGACAGCCAUACAGAUGUGAUGUUUGACACCUUCAAGAAGACGCACAAGAGGAGCUACAUUUCAGACAAGGAACAUGCACAGAGAACACAUCUCUUCAGACAAAAUGUCAGAUUCAUCUACUCCAAGAACCGAGACAACCUGAGUUACCGUCUGUCUGUCAACCACAUGGCCGAUCGCUCCGAUGAAGAGCUAAAGUUGAUGAAUGGCUACCGGUACACCCAUGGAGACCACGGAGGCUUGCCCUUUGAUAAGACCAAGUAUAACUUAAAGGACAUCCCAGACCAGGUUGAUUGGAGGCUGUAUGGAGCUGUAACUCCUGUCAAAGACCAAGCUGUCUGUGGUUCCUGCUGGAGUUUUGGUACAACUGGCACCAUUGAAGGUGCCAACUUUCUGAAGACUGGCAACCUGGUGCGUCUGUCCCAACAAGAGCUGAUGGACUGUUCCUGGGGGGAGGGCAACAAUGCCUGUGAUGGAGGCGAAGACUUCCGGUCCUACAUGUACAUCAUGAAGACAGGUGGCCUGACCUCGGAGGAGCAGUACGGCCCCUACCUCGGCGCUGAUGGAACCUGCCAUGCGAAAAAAGUGACACCUGUGGUUCAGCUGUCUGGCUACGUCAACGUCACCCCUAAUGAUGAAGAAGCCCUGCGAGUGGCCAUUGCCAACGAAGGUCCAAUCUCUGUCAGCAUUGAUGCCUCCCACAAGUCCCUGUCCUUCUACGCUAAUGGAGUGUAUUAUGAACCUGCUUGUGGCAGCGAUCCCGAUUCCCUUGAUCAUUCCGUCCUGGCUGUUGGUUACGGAGUGAUGAACAACCAGGCCUACUGGCUCAUCAAGAACUCCUGGUCUACGUAUUGGGGGAACGACGGCUAUGUCCUCAUGGCUCAGAAAAACAACAACUGUGGGGUGGAAACAGCGCCAACAUUCGUCAAUAUCAAAUAGAUCCCUCAAACCUGCUUAUGUACAUACAAGUUGAUAAUGUAUAUAGUUCAACAACCAGUUUUAUAGCAUCUAUGUUUAAGAUGUUCUUAUUUACUCAUUUUAGAUUUUAAAAAGAUUAAUACUAAUUAGCAAUGUCCUCAGGAAAAACGGCUAUAGUUAUUUACAUUUUAUAUGCAAAAUAUGAUAUUAAAGGGAACCAUGCCAACACCAGUCUUUAAAUUGAUAUUGACAUACCACACCAGUGUAAAACUAUUGAAGAUACAGGAGAAAUGCCUGUCUGGGUUGCAAGCCACAUAACUGAAGACUGGUAACCAUGGUUAGACUGUCUCAUACCUCCGAUGAUCACACCAGUGACUCUUAAAGAAUUACUUUUAUGGUAACCUAAUUUGGUUGUUCACUACUACUUAUUUAAUUUGUUUUAAUUUGUUAGUUAUGUUUUUGACCACAUUUUUAGUAUCUACUGAUUUUUUUCUUUUAAAUCUCUUUUAAUAUACAUGUACAUCCAAACCCUCCUGGUCAGUUGUAAAGAAGGUAGUGUUGUGCAAAGGCAGCUAAUGGCUUCAUGGCUAUUUGUCAAUGCUAUGUUUGUAAAUAAUGUAAGUAACAGCAGAACAUUCCAUCAGAGUGACGAACAAAUUGAACUUUUUUUAUGCAUGAUGAAAUGUGGAAAAACUCUUGUUAGACAAGUAGACAUUAGCUCUAGCGUUAUUUUAUUGAUGACUUUUAGAUAUGGUUAUGUCAGUUUUUUAGUUGCACUCGUCUUUGUAAGACUGAAUUGUAGUGCUUUUGAUAUUAAGAUUCAGUGAUAAUUUUAUACCUCUUUGUACAGUUUGUAGAAUUGUACAAUAAACUUGUGUUUUAUCUUU